CGGCGCUCCGUAGAGGCCCCUUGGCGAGCUCCACGUAGGCCGCGCAGGCGUCUUUGGCACGCCGUUCACCUGCUGCCGUUGUCGCCGCCGCCGCCGCUGCCGGGGCUGGAUGGGGGGCCGAGACCAACCAGUAGCACCGAGAAGAAAGAGACGCGGCGGCGGCGACGCAGACAUCUCAGGACGAGAGUCCCGAUCCGCCCGCGAGCCCGAGGAGUAGGCGGCGAGGCCCGGCCCCCUCGGUCCCUGGUGUAGAGACGCCGCCGUCGCUGCCGGGCUGGGUCUCUCUGGGCACCCGCCCCUCGGGUCUCAUUCACACUCAGGACCGCCCGCGCCGCACCAUGUUCAAGAAACUGAAGCAAAAGAUCAGCGAGGAGCAGCAGCAGUUGCAGCAGGCGCUGGCCUCUGGUCAGGCUUCCUCCAAUUCUUCAACGCCAACAGGAACGAGGAGCAGGACAUCUUCAUUUACAGAGCAACUUGAUGAAGGUACACCCAACAGAGAGCUACUAGCCGGGAUGAUAGCAGAGCCUGCUUUUCUCUCUGAGUAUACUAUCUUUGCUUUGGAUUCCUCCAAACAGCCUAAAACACAGACUGACAGUGUGAAUGCAUCUAUACAAGCCACAAAAUUUCCCGACAGUGUUAAUGGAAGUGAACCAGUGACUCCUCAGUCAGGGGACACACAGACGUUUGCACAGAAACUCCAGCUCCGGGUGCCUUCCAUGGAGUCUUUGUUUCGAAGUCCGAUCAAGGAAUCUCUGUUCCGAUCUUCUUCUAAGGAGUCUUUGGUACGAACAUCUUCCAGAGAAUCCCUGAAUCGACUUGACCUCGACUUUUCUCCUGCCACCUUUGAUCCACCCUCUGACAUGGAGAGCGAGGCCGAAGACUCCCUGGGGAACUUAGACAGCCUCAACAAAGAACAGUUGAUUCAGUGGUUGCGAAGAAUGGAACGAAGGUUGAAUAGCUACAAAGGAAGGUGUUCUGAGCUUAUAACAGCUUAUCAGACUCUUCAGAGAGAGAAGAAAAAGUUACAGGGUAUAUUAAGUCAGAGCCAGGAUAAAGCACUUCGGAGAAUUGCAGAAUUGAGAGAGGAGCUCCAAAUGGACCAGCAAGCAAAGAAACAUCUUCAAGAGGAGUUUGAUGCAUCGUUAGAGGAAAAGGAUCAGCAUAUCAGUGUUCUCCAGACUCAGGUUUCUCUGUUAAAACAGCGGUUACGAAAUGGCCCAAUGAAUGUUGAUUUCCAAACACCACUCCCUCCGAUGGAACCACAGACUGAAGGUGUCCCUAAAGAGAACACAGAGAGUGAUAGAGAAGCAGUAGUUGGAGAUGGAUCUUCUGCUAAAACACUGGAAAUACUUCAGCAAAGAGUUAAGCGUCAAGAAAGCCUACUGCAGCGUUGUAAGGCAACAAUUCAGUCACAUAAGGAACAAUGUACGCUAUUAACAAGUGAAAAAGAAGCACUGCAGGAACAACUAGAUGAAAGACUUCAAGAGCUAGAGAAGAUGAAGGAGCUUCAUAUGGCUGAGAAGACUAAACUUAUCACUCAGUUACGUGAUGCAAAGAACUUAAUUGAACAGCUUGAACAAGAUAAGGGAAUGGUAAUAGCAGAGACAAAACGUCAGAUGCAUGAAACCCUGGAGAUCAAAGAAGAAGAAAUUGCUCAACUUCGUAGUCGCAUCAAACAGAUGACUACCCAGGGAGAGGAAUUACGGGAACAGAAAGAAAAGUCUGAAAGAGCUGCUUUUGAAGAACUUGAAAAAGCCUUGAGUACAGCUCAAAAAGCAGAAGAAUCACGGAAGAAAAUGAAGGCAGAAAUGGAUGAACAAAUAAAAGCUGUUGAAAAAACAAGUGAGGAGGAACGCAUGUGUCUUCAACAGGAAUUAAGUCGGGUGAAACAGGAGGUUGUUGAUAUAAAGAAAAAAUCCUCAGAACAAAUCGCUAAACUACAGAAGCUUCAUGAAGAAAGAUUGGCCAGCAAAGAGCAGGAGCUGACCAAGAAGCUUCAGACCCAAGAAAGGGAAUUUCAGGAGCAAAUGAAAGUUGCUCUUGAAAAAUGUCAAUCAGAAUGUUUGAAGAUCUCCCAAGAAAAAGAACAGCAAGAAUCUCUGGCCCUAGAAGAGUUAGAGUUGCAGAAAAAAGCAAUCCUCACAGAGAGUGAAAAUAAACUUCGGGACAUUCAGCAAGAAGCAGAGACUUACAGAACUAGAGUUCUUGAGUUAGAAAGUUCUUUGGAAAAAAGCUUACAAGAAAGCAAAAUUCAGUCAGAAGAUUUGGCUAUUCAUUUGGAAGCUGAAAAAAAUAAGCACAAUAAAGAAAUUACAAUCAUGGUUGAAAAACACAAGACAGAAUUGGAAAGCCUGCAGCAUCAGCAGGAUAACCUCUGGUCUGAAAAACUCCAAGUCUUAAAGCAUCAGCAUCAGACUGAAAUGGAAAAACUUAGAGAAAAGUAUGAACAAGAAAAGGAAACAUUGUUGAAAGACAAAGAGAGUCUCUUCCAGGCCCAUGUAGAAGAGAUGAAUGAAAGGACAUUAGAAAAGCUUGAUGUGAAGCAAACGGAACUGGAAUCAUUGUCUUCUGAACUGUCAGAAGUAUUGAAGGCCCGCGACAAGCUGGAAGAGGAACUUUGUGUACUAAAGAAUCAAGCAAAUAAAGUGAAGCAGGAAUUAGAAGCCAAGCUGGAUGAACAGAAAAAUCAUCACCAGCAACAAGUUGACAGUAUUAUUAAAGAACAAGAGAUGUCUAUCCAGAGAACUGAGAAGGCAUUGAAAGAUGAAAUUAAUCAACUUAGGCUUCUUUUGAAGGAAAAGGAUAAUCAUUUGAAAGAGCAUCAGGCUCAUGUGGAAAAUUUAGAGGCAGAUAUUAAAAGGUCAGAAGGGGAACUCCAGCAGGCAUCUGCUAAGCUGGAUCUUUUUCAGUCACACCAGAGUACCACACAUGAGCAGGCAAAAGCGUAUGAGGAUGAGUUGGCCCAGUUGCAGCAGAAGUUGUUGGAUUUGGAAGCAGAAAGAAUUCAUCUUAGCAAACAGGUAGCUGAAGUUGAAACACAGAAGAAAGAUGUUUGUACUGAGUUAGACACUCACAAAAUCCAGGUGCAGGACUUAAGGCAACAACUUGAAACACAGAAUAGGGAAAUGGAGGAAAAACUAAAAUCUCUAACCCAACUCUAUGAGUCCCAACUUAAAGAUAAUAACAUAGAGCAGGAACAGACAAAGCAAAUCUUGAUGGAAAAGGAGAAUUUAAUUUUACAAAUGAGAGAAGAACAGAGCAAAGAAAUUGAAACACUCAGACAGAAACUGUCAGCUAAGGAGGACAGCAUUAGUACAUUACAGGCGGAAUAUGACACCAAAUUUAAAAAUCAAGAAAAAAAAAUGGAAAAAAUUAAGCAGAAAGCAAAGGAGAUGCAAGAAACAUUAAAGAAGAAAUGGUUGGAUCAGGAAGCCAAACUUAAAAAAGAGCUUGAAAAUACUGUUCUAGAGCUUAGUCAGAAAGAAAAAGAGCUCAAUGCCAAAAUUUUGGAAAUGGCACAGGCUAACUCAGCUGGGAUCAAUGAGGCAGUGUCAAGGCUGGAAAUAAACCAAAAGGAGCAAAUAGAAAGUCUUACUGAGGUGCACAGGCGGGAGCUUAGUGAUGUAAUAUCAGACUGGGAGAAGAAACUGAAUCAGCAAGGUGAAGAGCUUCAGGAAAAACACAAAAUCCAAUUACAGGAAAAGGAACAAGAGGUAGCAGAACUGAAGCAGAAGAUCCUCAUAUUUGGAUGUGAAAAGGAAGAGAUGAACAAGGAGAUAGCAAGUCUAAAGGAGGAAUGUAUUAAGCAGGAUACAAUAUCAAAAGAGUUACAGGAACAAGUCAACCAGACGUCUGCUCAUAUGAAUUCUCUCUUAGAAAAUGAAACUAAACUGAAGGCGCAACUUGAAAAGCUGGAAGUUGACUUGAAGCAUUCUCUGAAGGAAAAUACUUUUCUUCAGGAGCAUGUAGUUGAACUGAAGACGCUGUCAGAAAAAGAUAAGCUUAUGGUUUCUGAGUUGACUGACAAGUUGAAAGCCACAGAUGAAGAAUUUCAGAGUUUCAAAUCGUCACAGGAAAGAAGUAAAAAAAGCCUAGAAGACAAAAGCUUGGAAUUCAAAAAACUGUCUGAGGAAAUAGCAGUUCAGCUGGAUAUUUAUGCUAAGAAAACUGAAGCCUUAUUACAAGCUAAAACAAAUGAACUAAUCAACCUUAGUAAUAGUAAAAUUAAUGCUCUUCUCUCUAGAAUUUCCCAUUGUCAACACCAUACAACUAAAAUUAAGGAAGCACUACAAAUUAAAACUUGCAAAGUUUCUGAAUUAGAAGCACAACUUAGACAGCUAACAGAAGAGCAAUAUACACUAAGUAGUUCUUUUCAACAGGCUACCCAUCAGUUAGAAGAAAAAGAAAAUCAAAUUAAGAGCAUGAAGGCCGAUAUUGAAGGUCUUGUAACAGAAAAAGAAGCCUUACAGAAGGAGGGGGGCAAUCAGCAACAGGCUGCCUCUGAAAAGGAGUCUUGUAUCACACAGUUGAAGAAAGAGUUAUCAGAAAACAUCAAUGCUGUCACACUGAUGAAAGAAGAGCUUAAAGAAAAAAAAUCUGAGAUCAGUAGUCUGAGUAAACAACUAACUGAUUUGAAUGCUCAACUUCAGAAUAGUAUCAGCCUAACUGAAAAAGACGCAGUCAUUUCAUCAUUAAGUAAGCGAUAUGAUGAGGAACAACGUGAAUUGCUAGAUCGGGUGCAAGAUUUAUCUUUGAAAGUUGAAACUCUGAGCAAAGAGAAAAUUUCUGCUCUUGAACAGGUAGAUCACUCAUCUAACAAAUUUUCAGAAUGGAAGAAGAAAGCACAGUCAAAAUUUACACAGUAUCAAAAUACUAUUAAAGAAUUGCAGAUGCAGCUUGAGUCAAAAACAAAGGACGCCAGUGAAAAGGAUGAGCAGAUAACUUUAUUGAAAGAAGACCUUGAUCAGCAAAAUAAAAGAUUUGAAUGUUUAAAGAGUGAAAUGGAAGAUAAGAAGAGCAAGAUGGAUAAAAAGGAGUGCAAUUUAAAGACUGAGUUAAAAAUUCAAACAGCAAGAAUUUUGGAAUUAGAGGAGCAUGUUACUCAGAAAACAAAUGAAAUUGAGUCCUUAAAUGAAGUUCUUAAAAAUUAUAAUCAACAAAAAGAUAUUGAACAGAAUGAAAUGGUUCAGAAACUUCAGCACAUUCAAGAGCAAGGAGAAGAAAAGGACAACAGGGUUAAAGAAACUGAAGAAAAGGUGUUAAGACUUGAAAAACAAGUGGCUUCCAUGCAAUCUGAACUUGAAGCUAAGAAGGAAGAAUUGGAACAUGCAAAUUCUACUGUGAAAAGCAAAGAAGAGGCAUUAAAGGCAUUGGAGGAUAGACUUGAGUCAGAGAGUGCUACAAAAUUAGUGGAACUGAAGAAGAAAGCUGAACAAAAAAUUGCUGCCAUCAAGAAGCAGUUGUUAUCUCAAAUGGAAGAGAGAGAACAGCAGUAUAAAAAAGAUACAGAAAGCCAUUUGAGUGAGCUAAACACAAAAUUACAGGAAAGAGAAAGAGAAAUUCACAUCUUGGAAGAAAAACUUAAGUCAAUGGAAAGUUCACCACAGUCAGAAGCAUCAGUUGUACCCAGUUCAGCAAAAAAUGUGGCAGCAUGUAUUGAGCAAGAAGAAGCAGAUUCCCAAGGCUGUAUGCAGAAGGCAUGUGAGGAAAAAAUCAAUGUUUUACAAAGAAAUUUAACUGAAAAGGAAAACCUGUUGCAGAGACUAGAGCAGGACAAAGAAGAGACAAUGUCUUCUCAUUCUGAAAUGCAGUGCAAAUACCAGGAGCUCUUAAUAAAGCUAGAACAGGCUGAAGCAAAGCAACAUGAGGCUCAAGUUAUGAUUAAUCAUCUUCAAGAAGAACUUGAAGAAAAAAACAAAUAUUCCUUGAUAGUAUCCCAGCACACGGAAGAAGAAAGAGGUAAAAAUAACAUAGGGGCAAAGCAAAACUUGGAAAAUGUGGUUGAUGAUGUCCAGAAAACCCUCCAGGAGAAGGAACUAGCCUGUCAGAUUUUGGAGCAGAAGAUAAAAGAGCUGGAUUCCUGCUUAGUUAAAGAGAAGGAAGAACAUAGAGUUGAAAUGGAAGCGUUGACCUCAAAAUAUGAAAAAUUACAGGCUUUGCAGCAACAGAGGAAUGGAAAAAGUAAACCCACAGAAAUUUUGGAAGAAAGUGCUGAAGAAAAGUCCAAAUCACAUGUGGUCCAACCCAAAUUGCUUAGUAACAUGGAGGCUGAGCACAACGACCUGGAGUUCAAAUUAGCAGCAGCAGAGCAGGAGAAGCAGAAGCUGGGCAAGGAGAUGAUGAAAUUGCAGAAAGAUAUUCGAAUGUUGCGGAAGGAGCAUCAGCAAGAAUUGGAUAUAACGAGGAAAGAAUAUGAACAAGAAAUGGAAGAGAAAAUCAAGCAGGAGCAGGAAGAUCUUGAGUUGAAGCACAAUUCCACGUUAAAGCAGCUGAUGAGGGAGUUCCACACACAGCUGGCAGAAAAGGAACAGGAGCUGGAAACUGCCGUAAAAGAAACCAUAAAUAAAGCCCAGGAAGUGGAGGCUGAACUUUUGCAAAGCCAUCAAGAAGAGACAAAUCAGUUGUAUAAAAAAAUUGCAGAGAAAGAAGAUGAUCUAAAAAGAACCGCCCAAAGAUACGAAGAAAUCCUUGAUGCUCGUGAAGAAGAAAUGACUGCAAAAGUGAUGGACCUGCAGACUCAACUUGAGGAACUGCAGAAGGAAUAUCAGCAAAGGCUGCAGCAGGAAGAAAACCCGGGCAAUGAUAAAGUAUCAAUUAUGGAGCUGCAGACACAACUAGCACAGAAGACCACUCUGAUCAAUGAUUCAAAGUUGAAAGAGCAGGAGUUCAGAGAACAGAUUCACAAUUUAGAAGACCGUUUGAAGAAAUAUGAAAAGAAUGUAUAUGCAACACCUGGGGGGACACCUUACAAAAGUGGCAAUUUGUACCAUACUAAUGUCUCGCUCUUCGGAGAACCAACCGAAUUUGAGUAUUUGCGAAAAGUGCUUUUUGAGUAUAUGAUGGGUCGUGAGACUAAGACCAUGGCAAAAGUUAUAACCACUGUACUGAAGUUCCCUGAUGAUCAGACUCAGAAAAUUUUGGAACGAGAAGAUGCUCGCCUAAUGUCAUGGCUUCGACCUUCAUCUUGAAGAAAUGAGGAGAGUAACUGGGAAAAGUUGGGAAGCUGCGCACUGCUGCUCUUUGAGAAAGAAGCUGUUGUUCAGGGCUCUUCGUGUAGCCAGAUGACCAAGAAGAACCUGAUGUUGGCCCACCCAGUGCAGGCAGCCUUUAAAAUAGGUUGUAUCAGUGGAGAAAUGGUGGUAGUUUUCUUUUUCUUUUUUUCCUUUUUUUCGGGAGGAAGGAAGAGUUUUAUGUUGUUUAAAAUUUUUUAAAUGACUUAACCUGAUUUAUGGGCUCACUUAAAUGUUCCUUUCUUCCAUCUUUUUUGUCCCUCUUUUAAAAGAACUGCUUGCCUUUUCUAUUUAUUUUUAGAGUGAUUUUUUAAAAGACUUGUGCAAUACAUUUUGAGGUGAAACAUAGUGGAUUUUUUUUUCUGAUAAAUUAGAGCAUUUAAUUGACUAUUUUAUCCAGAUUGAUUUGUUGAAUAUUUACUAAAAACUAGUUCUUUAAGUUAUGACAUAUGAUAAAUCCAAACAGCAGUACCUCAUUGUUUACUUAGCUUUUGUACUUAUAUUUUUCAGAGGAAAAAAUACUACUGUAAAUUGUAAAUAGUCAAUAUAUAACUAUUGUAUGCAAAUCUCUGACUCUUGGCAAUGUCAUCUUGGAAGAACAGAAUAAAUAAAGUU